GGACACAUCGAGAUGACAUGAAGGAGAUGACCAUCAGCAAAGAGAAAUUCAGCUCGGUUCAGCAGCAAGGGGGAAAAUAGACCGCCCUGGAUUCAGACGUGCAUUUUCAACGGAUCAUGCAGUGUUCGAAGGACCAGUAUUGGGAUGGCCUUCUGGGUAACUGUGUGUCGUGCAAAUAUGCUUGUCAGCCACUCAAGUUCCAAGGAUGCGCCGAUGUCUGUAGCUCCUUGGAGUGCAGCAAGCAAGAGGGCUCCUACUACGACCAGCUCCUGAGAGAAUGCGUCAAAUGCUUCAGCAUCUGCGGUCAGCACCCCAAACAAUGCGCGCCUUUCUGCAGAAGGUCCCUUCCUGCCACUUUACCAACCCCGGCUGCUCUCCAGCCCCUGCAGCAAAAACUGGAUGCUACUUAUGAACAACAGGUGCUGCUAUAUCUGGCUCUGGUCUUCUCCCUUUGCAUCCUGGUUUUCUCCUUGCUGUUGAUUUGGAUUUACUUUCAAAAAAGAGGGGACGAGAGGUUUUGUCGAGCCGGCUCAGCAUCUUGCCAUAAAAAGGGAGAUCUCCCCAAAGAUGGUCUCAUGGAAGUGGGAAGUUUCGGAAGCGACUCCGGCGGCAACCAAACUCCAGACCCUGUGGAAACCUGUGGCUUCUGUUUCCCCGAAGUGAGCCCUGCCAUCCAGGAGACACGAGCCUGCCCAAGCCCAUACCAGAUAGAGAUGCUGGCUGAAGACGAUGCUGCUGCUGCCGCCGCUGUCCAGGGCGGGACGGUACUUCCUUCCGUCGAAGACGGCCGCUUCCAAAUUAUAUGUUCUCCUUCCCAAGAAAAGAUGCCGUUGAGCUAAGCCAUAAACAGCGGAGGGGGUGUGGGGGAGGGGGGGAGAACAG